AUGAGGUAUUUCGGCCUUCUCUUGUUGCCGCUCGCGGCGGGUGGCAGUGUGUGCGAGUCCUGCCGGUUCUGUGCGUCACUGGUGCACACGCAGCUCGACAGAGCUGGCACAGCCCAAGAGCUUAUCACCGCAGUGUCCCAAUCUCUGGCGGAGGACGAGCAUCAUCAGCGAUGCCGCCGCUAUUUGACAUCUGACCGGCACAUUCUGCAACGCCUCUUGACCGCGAGCUCAACACCCAACUUGCCUGCGGUUUGGGAGGCGCUGUGUGUCGAGAGGCUGCGGUGCCCUGCCGGGGGAGACUUAGGUAAACUGUCCCCUUCUUCACCUCCUUCUGAAGAGAGGACCAGCUACCAAGACGGGCAGGCAACCUACGGCGCUGAGACCUGGCCGGGGAAGGAGGAUGCCAAAAGCGGAGCAAAACACACCAUCGUGCUGAGCGAUGCCGACGCCGAAAGCUGCGAUGGUGACGCCGAAAGCUGUGAGAAGGAAUCUGGGAUCCUGGAAGCGGAAUCGGACACGCCAACAAAGCCACCAGAUCCGCUGAAUCCGCACUGUGCAGUGCCGAAGGACACGUACCGAGACCUCCUUUCCACUCGCGUGGUGCUUGUGGUCUUCAGCGGCCGCUGGGACCGGCUCCGCAUCUUGAUGCGCUACCUGCGUCGCGACCUGCGCUCGGCGGGCGGUGUGGUGGAUAAGAUCAUUUUCGCGUUGUGGCAGGUCACGGCCAAGGACUUGACCUACCUGCGGGAGCUGGCGGACUCAGCUGUGGAGGACUUUGAGCUCGUGGACUUCUCGGAGCAGCGCUGGGGCCCAGCCAGGCUGGGGGCAGAUCCAGCGACCAACCGCAUGGUGCAGCUGUACCAGAGCUUGAACGAGAGUGGGACUGUGUACGUGAAGGUGGACGACGACGUGGUGUAUGUUGCAGAGCAUGCAAUUGCCAACCUGGUGCGAGAACGACUACGGCAGCGAUGCUUGUUUGUUUCUGCGAACGUUGUGAACCAUGCCAUCAUGUCAGCAGUUCAUCAAGAUCGCGGCGCUCAUCGAGCCUUCUUCCCCCCUGCGAGGCAGCGGAAGAACCCCUCCCUGCGGUUGCCGUGGAAGAAGUUGGGCGAGAUCAACAUGUCGCCCGACUUUACCAUCGAGCGCUUUCCCGCCUCCCGCUGCGUGGUGGAGCGCUGGGACUGCGCCGCGCUGGUGCACGAGAGCUUCUUGGACCGAGCCGCUGACGGCACCUGGUGCAUCUUUGACUUCGGUUGGCUUGAUUUCAACCGCGCUGGCUACAGAGAGCACAAGUACAUCCACAGGAGCCCCAGUGUCAACAAGGACUACUGGACGCAGGGGGCCCGUUGGAGCACCAAUUUCUUCGCGUUCAUGGCCGAAGACCUCGAGGGCGUGAACUGGAACAACGUGUAUGGUAAGGGAGAUGAUGAGGAGGAGUUUACAGGGCCCCACGCCGAGCGAAGAGACGCCCGGCCAUGGGGCUAA